GUGCGGCGAAAGGUUUGCCCGAGUUUGAAAAAUCCGUUGCUCACCAGAUGGCGUGAGUAGGUUGUUGGGCAGGGUCUCAUUAGGAAGGUUGUUCUCAACCGUUUUCAGUUAACAUCAUGAUUUGGACUGGAGAACAUCGUGGAUUCGCUGUGCGCUCUUUUUUGGAAAAUGGCCGUUCAGUCAUUGCGACGCAGAGAGUAAUGCGCUUGCGAUUCCAUAUUCCGCGCCAUGUUUCCGUACCUGAUGGAAAAACAAUCAAACGUUGGGUUUCUUCAUUGGAAGAAACCGGAUCCACAGAGUUGAGUGAACAGACAAAUCUGGGGGAGAUUUGGUUUCAACAAGAUGGAGCAACAGCGCAUACAGCCCGCAUUUCUAUGGCGAAACUGAGGCAAAUGUUCCCUACUCGACUCGUCUCUCUGAGGGGUGAUUUGGGGUGGCCAGCAAGAUCGCCCGAUUUGAGCAUUUGUGACUUUUUCUUGUGGGGGUAUCUGAAAGAAAAAGUCUUCAAGCAUCGUCCCCAUACCCUACAAGAACUGAAAAGGAGAAUCAUCGAAGAGGUGAACGCCAUUCCGAUUCAGAUGUGCCAAAACGCAGCCCGAAGCUUCCAAAAUCGGCUACAUCAGUGCAUUGCUACUGGAGGCCGCCAUCUUGCAGAUAUCGUUUUUAAACGUUAAUGUAAAAAAACUGUUUGAAGUACCAAAGGUAAUAAAAAAAUUUCCAAUCCUCU